CGUCACAACUUCAGAAAAACAUAAAUAAGAAGAAAAACAUAAAUAAAACCAGAGCAUAACGUAGUAAUAAUGCACUGAGUUUCGAUAUGACAAACUCUACUCUUUAUUAAUCUGAUUUUUUGGUUAAAAUUGUUAAAUUUAGAGUCUUUGUUGGAUUAUGGAUACAAUGACAUUGUCCAUGACCUGAACAGUUUCAGAAGUACGUUUCAACUCUGAACUAAUUCGGAAGUCGUCACGACUGCUACGAGUACAACGUGGAACUGCUUGCAGACAAUUAGUUAAUCCUACAUUUGGCUAUUCGAAAAGUAGAAUGACAUCAUCUACUAGUUCCACGGCGAGAGGUAGUGCCAGUGUGUACUAUGUACAUAUAACUCUCCUGCUAGUGUUGUCCUUAACUUGCAUCACAAACAGAGGAGAAGACAGAGAGUAUUGUCAAUCCGAAACACAAGGAUGUGCUGUCGCAGAUGAACCAACUAGCGAUGAAUCCAUUUGUCACGGCAGGGAGUCUAUUAUAACUGCUGCUGCUGGACACUGGCCCUACAUUUUCUUUACGGCUACAGACAUUUACCUUAUUCCUUCGACAAAACAGUUUCAUGUGAGCGCUGUCAAUGACAAAACAACUUUAGAUUUGUUCAAUAAGAAGAUUGGAACUUGGCAGAUGGUCAUAGGCUCUUCACAUCAAUCCAAUGAAGCAGCAGAUGAACGUGAUUUGAGUUGCCGUUGUCACCAGCAAUUCCAAGAAGCAUACAUUUUCACUGUGUAUUAUUGGCAUGGCAGCAGUAACUACUUUCAUAUAUUCUACGACACUGCAAUACCUAUAUAUUCACUAUUGCAAGAAGCUACAGACAAGAAUAUUAAGGAUAUCAUUUUACUGCCAUCUGUUGAGAUGAUGAGAAUGAAACCGAUUACGUGGGAAACCGAUGCUUUCCUAGAGCACAACAACGACAAAUACUGGAUGCAGAUAUUAAGUGUUCUCACAGGUGUACAUGGUGCAAAGCUACUACCACUUGACAGCAAAGCGAUUCACAAUACUAAUGUGCUUUGUUUCAAGAAGGCUUAUUUUGGGGUACCCAAAAUGGAGUACAAGCAAAGUGAAGGAUUGCUGCGAAACUUUACAAGAUUCGUAAAGGAGCAGCUUGGCACUGCAGAGCCUGUAGAAAGCAUUCUUCAGAACCGGCUACGUGUUGGACUGAUAAAACGAUCUAACCGGAGAUUGAUUCUAAACAAUGAAGAGCUGAUAGAUGCAGUGCGUGACAUUGCUGACAUGGAGCUGAUCAUCUUUGAAUGGAAAUCUUUUAGUGAGCAAGUAGAAUUAGUUCAGAAAUAUGACAUUCUAGUUGGAAUGAAUGGUGCGGGCCUGAUGAAUGCUAUAUUUCGACGAGAAGGUUCAGUUGCAGUACAAUUAGUUCCUUACGAAGCAACUCAAUUGAACUUCGGUGAUUUUGGAACACUCCUUAAAGCUCAAGGCCCUUAUCUAGAAUGGCAUAAUAAACACAAGGAACUCACAAAGAGUGGUGUAGGCGAUAGCCGAAGGAACAGUCAGGCAGACACAAUUGUCCACGUACAAGAGUUUGUCACCCUCAUACAGAACUCUAUAGAACUCUAUCAGGAUUAUCAGAAGAGUCGCAAGAAUGCGACAGUGCUGGAGGAACCCUGAAAUGAAAUCGGGUGCUUGAUUUUUAACAUUCAUUCU